GCAGUGGACGGGGCUUGUCUCUUUUAGCUGGCUGGAUGUGUUGACGUGCAUUUCUGCUCCAUCUUCAUGAUUAAACCGGCAGCUCGGAGGGGAGUCGCAGCGGAGGGUGAAGCAGCAGCAGCAGCAGCAGCAGCAGCAGCAGCAGAAGAAGGAGCAGUCAGGGGGAAUGAGAGCUGAUCGAGUCGAGGCAUCAUGCACCGGACUCCAACCACCAGCCGUCCAUUUUAUACGAUUAUAUGAGCACAGGAGCGCAAGUUUGUCUGUGUCCUGCAGACAGCCAGUGUGCAGAAGACCCUAAGAUGAAAAAAUAGGCCAACGCCUCGCUGCAGCUACAUACAGGGAAUGAAAACGCUCCCAAGAUGGUCCGCAUCGCCAAGGCCCUGGGUUUGGUUAUUCUGUGCGUCGCCGUGCUCAUACUGUCGCUCAUCAGCUAUGUGUCUCUCCGAAAAGACAGCCUCUUUGCCUCCUCUAAUUUCAUUGGAGGCCCGAGGAUUAUGUUCCACGCAGGAUUUAGGUCUCAGUUUGCCUUGAAUUUCCUGGACCCCUCUUUCAUCCCCUUAACUAACGCUCUGAACGAAGAGCUCCAGGGAAAAUCGUCCAAAUGGAAGUUCAACAAGACAGCUUUUUAUCAGCAGAGGAAAGAUAUCUUCCGCCACAUUGACAUUCCCACCAACUUCUCCCUCACAAAGAACAGUGUGCGUGUCGGCCAGUUGAUGCACUUUGACUACUCCAGCCACAAGUACGUCUUCUCCAUCAGCAACAACUUGAAGUCCCUGCUCCCAGACACCUCUCCAAUCCGCAACAAACAUUACAGCAUGUGCGCCGUGGUGGGCAACAGCGGUAUCCUAACAGGAAGCCACUGUGGCCCCGAGAUCGACCAGGCCGACUUUGUCUUCCGCUGCAACUUCGCCCCCACAGAGAUCUACUCCAAGGACGUGGGCAAAAAGACCAACCUGACCACCUUCAAUCCCAGCAUCCUGGAGAGGUACUACAAUAACCUGCUGACCAUUCAGGACAGGAAUAAUUUCUUCCUCAACCUGAAGAAGCUGGAGGGAGCCAUCCUGUGGAUCCCUGCCUUCUUCCUUCACACCUCAGCCACAGUUACCAGGACCCUGGUGGACUUCUUUGUGGAGCACAAGGGACAACUGAAAGUGGAACUGGCCUGGCCUGGAAACAUCAUGCAUGAUGUCAACAAAUACUGGAAGACUAAAAACCUCUCCCCCAAACGUCUCAGCACUGGAAUCCUAAUGUACACGCUGGCCUCCGCCAUGUGCGACGAGAUCCAUCUCUACGGCUUCUGGCCUUUUGGAUGGGACCCCAACACAGGCAACGAUCUGCCGUACCACUACUACGACAAGAAAGGGACCAAAUUCACCACCAAGUGGCAGGAGACCCACCAGCUGCCCACCGAGUUCAAGCUGCUCUACAAGUUGCACAGGGAGGGUGUGAUUAAACUCAGCGUGACGCACUGCUCGUAGAUUCGCCAUGGAUGAGUCCAGAGACCAGAUACAGCUCACUUCUGUUGUGAACCACAAUGCAUGAUAAGUGUUAAUGCAAAUUUCUAGACCCUCAAUCGACAAACACACAUUCACAUCACGCUGUAACUUCCCAUGACAAUGUCACAGACUUAUCACAGCGUUGUAACUCAUUUAUUGGUAUAUUGUUGUCUUUAGCACUGCACAGUUAGGGCUUUUUACGUCGAUCAGUUGCUUACAUUACUCUCUUUUGCAUGGCUUCUGGCCGUGGUGACACAGCUUGAACUAUAAGUUUGGCAGGAGGAUGCAACAAAAAGUCAAAUCAUACAGUUAAGUUUAACACAGUAUUGAUUUAUUAAUCGCCUUUUACAGCAGUAUACUGAUUCUUUACACUGAAAUCACUGCCUAAUCUCAGGGAAAGAGUUAGAUCAGUGUAUUGUUGUAAUCAGAUUAAAUGCCUCAAGAGAGGUGCAGUUUCUGUUUGCAGGCCUUUUUCUCCCCAUGAGGUGUCAGACAAUCUGCACGUCUCUAGAAGAUGGUAUUUGUUUACAAGACUACACCCCAUAUAAAUAUAUACACACACACACACACACACACACACACACACACACACACACA